CGUAGGGGGGUUAUUGCACAAAGGAGCAACAAGAAAAGGGCCAAAACCGACAAGCAACGAAGAUCGAAAAAGAAAGAAAGAAAGACGGCAGCACCAAUGAUUGCACCGGUGAGAGCAGCCAUGAGCACCAACAGCACCGAGGUCAUCGGGGCUGGGGUUCCGCCCGCAGGCGUCGCCCCCAACUUCGAACACCCGCAUGACAACCUCAAGACCGUGUCGUAUGUGACACAGACCUUGACGCUGGUGAUUGUAACGUCGUUUGUUGUAUUACGAUUCUACGGCAAGCAUGUGGCAUUAGGAAAUCAAUGGCACACUGAAGAUUACUUUACCUUUAUAACAUGGGUCCUCUUGGUAGGAUAUUGCAUAACUGCGAUAUAUGCUACGCACUUUGGAGGUGGCCUGGAUCAAUGGGAGGUGCCGGCAUCACUGAUAACGGGAUACUUCAAGGCAUGCUAUGCGGCAACAAUAUUUUAUAUGCCAAUGGCAUUCUCUGUCAAAAUUGCAUUGCUGGCCUUGACCAAGAGAGUAUAUGCACCGCACAAGAAGACAGUAUUGGGCAUCAAGAUCUUUGAGCUAUUGCUGUUCUUGUACUAUGGUUCAGGACUCAUCAUCAAAAUCCGAACAUGUUGGCCAAUUGAGGCUUACUGGCUGGGAGAGAAGGACAAGUGCUUGAAUCAAGAUAUCAUUAUUCUCUGCGACUCCAUCCUCAGCGUCAUCAGCGAUCUCGCCAUUCUCAUCUUACCCAUCCCACUCACCUGGUCCCUCGAACUUUCGAACCGGAAAAAGAUCCGCAUCAUGGGAAUCCUCUGCGCCGGCGGCACCGCGACCGCCUUCUCCAUCUACCGCCUGGGGAUGAUCGUACUGGAGCGCAACUCGCCCAACGCCACCAUGACCUUCAUCAAGGUCAUCCUCUCUGGCAACGCCGAGGUCGGCAUCGGUCUCAUCUGCGCCUGCCUGCCCGCCAUCACCGCGCUCGUGCUCAAGAAGACGCGCUCGACCGGCUACUACUCGGGCAACGGCGGCUACAUGCGGUCCGACAACGACGGGCUCGCGGGUGGUGGUGGUGGCGGCUCAAAGUUCCACACGCACUCGCACGCCCGGUCCGCCUACGCCGGCGGCGGCAGCAGCCACAACCACAGCCAGAGCCACGGGGGCGGCAUCGUCGUCAGCCGCACCUUUGACGUCCAGAGGUCCCUCAAGACCGAUACCGACUACACCGUCGCAGACAAGGACGGCGGCAUGCCGCUGAGCAUGCUCGACGCCAACGGCAGGGCCGACCAGGCAGAGCUGGUGAACCACGCACAGGGCGUUGGGAGGAUCACCAAGUCGUCUUCCAUCGGGGGCUUGUCCAGCAACGACUCGGAUGAGAAGCUGGAUAGGCAGAUCAGGGCUCACGGUGGGAGGAUAUAA